ACUGUCAGGUCUAAAUACCUGUUUCAAUGUAUGCUUUGAUAGCUUGUACAUUUAAAUUUCUAAGCACCGAAUUAUUACUUUAUUGCAAUCAAAAAAGAGAAAAGACCGAAGAAAACUAUAGUUUCUGGAAAAUCAGGCUUAAUUCGCCAUUUCUUUAAUAAAAUCGGUGUGAUAUCAGCUGGUGAAAGGGAAGAUUACCACUACCGGGAUUGUGGACCAGAGAGUAUGUAUUGUACGGACCUGCCUGCCACCAUCGCCUUUGGUACUCAGCCAUAGCCGCUACGAUAGCCGAAUGUGGAGGGUACUCCUAAUCAGAAACGGACUUAAUGCACAAGGUCACCACAGCUGAUGUGCUUCCACCACGGCCUUGUCCGUCGGGGAAGAGCCUGUGAGCCUGUGGCAUCUAUCAAUCAGAUUUAGGUAUCAAAUGCAUUAAAAGGAAUCUUGGAUCUCAUGGCCAAUCCUUUAAGAAGCCAAGUUCUCUCCCUGUAUCGACGAGUCCUGCGUCUUGCACGCACAUGGGAGGCUCAGGACGUCAGAGAUACUGAACUGGAAAGGAAAUACAUCACUGAUGAGGCUCAGAAGCUAUUCAGAAGAAACCAAGACAUCAUAGGAGAGGAGAAUAUUAGGCAACACAUUGUGGAAGGGGAAUCUCGUUUGGAAAUAGGAUUGCACUACAAGUCCCCAUACCCAAGACCAGUGCAUAUGCCACCAAACACUAUAACAAUGAGAGAUGGCAAAGCUUGGGGCCAAGGAAAUUUACGGAGACAGAAGACUUCUAGACCUAUUUAUGUAAAGUCCCUUGAUGAUGAGACUUGAUAUUAACUUUGUAGAAAAUUCAUGUAUAUAAAAUGUGUGCAAAUAUGUAUAUAUAUAUAUCUUGUAUUAAAAUUUGAAUGAGCAUUA